AUGUCGACCCCCCAAAAGCCCAAAUCAAUCCUAAAGCAGACCUCCUCCUACCCCGCCACCUCCAACACCCCCAAACCCACCAAUCUCUCACCCACAAAAACCAAAGCCGAGCGCGAUCGCGAAGUAGCCCUCUACCACGCGCGCCUCAUCCAAGAACGCAAAGAAAUCGAGCUAGAAAUCCUAACCUCAACCGAAGAACUCAUUGAUUUCCCCCUCGCAUCCGCACCAUACGAUGCCUCCAACCCAUCGCCGUCAGACGCACGGGCAUUCAAAGAGAUGCUUCGACCCUUUCAACCCAGCGAUUACGAUGCCCUAAUUCUCGAGCGUAACCUCGAUAGUCGCUGCGGGUAUACGUUGUGUGCCAAUCCUCGACCUCGGGAUAAUAAAGGGGGACAAUGGAGAUUGUUGGGGAUGUCGGGAAAGGCAAAGGAUUUCAGAAUUGCUAAGAAAGAGGAUGCGGAAAAAUGGUGCUCGGAUACUUGUGCCAGGCGUGCUUUGUAUAUUCGAGUUCAACUGAGCGAAUGCCCGGCUUGGGAAAGAAGUGGUGAAAGCUCUGCUACGAAAAUAGAUCUACUGGAUGAACCUAAGACGGAGGAAGAUAUGGUAAUGGAUGGAAUUGGGAAUUUGGACUUGAACAAACAAGAGGUUCAAGAGAACCAGAGAAAAUCUGGAAAUCUUGCAUUAGAGAGGGGAGAAACUGGUCAAGGGUCUUCGAGGCAUGUUACGACUUUCUCUAUAGUAGAGAAAGAGGUCAAGCUGGGUAAUGCCAAACCUCCGACGCUCGACUCGAAUGAUCUUUCUGAAAAGAUGGGUACAUUGCAUUUGGAUCUUGAGGGUCAUACAUCUACAUUUAAUCAUAAGAGCAGAUACGGAGAUUUAUUUGGAGAAGAUGAUGACGAUGAUGACACCGAAAUGGAUACAGAUUGGAAAAUAUGA